AGUUUCCAAGGCAUCGACCUUCUAAAACUCGCUCAACUUCAAAAAGAAGUCAGUGAUCUUCAGCACGAGUUGGCCUCAACAACACUUAAACUGCGCAUUAAACAGAUUGGAACAGGUAGGGAUCGCCCAAUCGUGCCGAAACAAUAUCGACGCAACGUCUUUGAUACGUUGCACAGACUUUAAAGUCUCAUCCAGGUGUUCGUGCAACCAUCAAGCUUAUAGCAGAACGGUUUUGCUGGCCUGGUAUGAAUAAAGACGUGAGAGAGUGGGCACGCUCCUGUGUAGGCUGCCAGAAAUCUAAGGUUAUUAGGCAUAACAAAUGUCCCUUAGGCUCGUUUAAAACUCCCGAUGCUCGCUUCGACCAUGUUCAUUUGGAUUUGGUAGGUCCUUUACCAGAUUCAAAUGAUUAUUCUUAUCUUUUAACAUGCGUAAACCGUUUUACUCGAUGGUCAGAAGCAGUACCCAUCAAGAACAUUACUGCUGAAACAGUGGCCCGCGCCUUCGUCGAGAAGAGGGUAGCAAACUUCGGCUGCCCAACAACCAUUACUACAGAUCGUGGACGUCAGUUUGAAUCUGAACUGCUCCGUUGUCUGACCAUGAAACUAGGAAUCACUCGCUUCCGAACGACGGCCUACCACCCACAAGCAAACGGGUUAGUAGGUCGUUUUCACCGACAACUAAAAGCUGACAUUAGAUACACUGCGUCUCAACUUGUUUAUGGUACGACCCUUCGACUUCCAAGAGAAUUCAUGGAUCAUUCAUCCUCUUCGAUGUACAUGGAUCUAACCUCCUACGCGAACAGGCUUACAAACGCAAUGCGUUCAGUUAAACCUGUUUCCACUCUGCCACAAUCAACUGAUGUUUUCGUUCAACCUGACUUACGACAUAGAACACUCGUCUUCGUGCGUCAAGACUCGCAUCGACGACCUCUCGAAUCAACAUAUGAAGGACCUUUCAAAGUUCUUCAACGCGAAUCUAAGUACUAUAUAAUCGACAAGAACGGAACCAACGAAAGCAUCAGUAUCGAUCGCCUCAAAGCAGCGUAUUUAGAAGGAAAUCCUAUUCACGUCGAUUUUCCUUCAGUACAAUCGCACAACACAACUCCUGCCCUUAUAAUACCUCAAUCGACAGCAGACACACACGUUGAUACUUCGACAGUAUCCGAAAAUAAACUCAAAACAACGCGUUCUGGAAUAAGAGUAAGAUUUCCAGAACAUUUGAACGAUUACUGCACGUAAGACACAAGUUAACAUUUUAUAUCCUCUCGAUUUUCCCUUGUAGUAUAUGUAACUUUUUUUUAAAAACCCGAAUUUAAUAUGCUUAUAUAUUUUUAUUAUCUUUUUAUUUCAAAAAAGAAAAAGACAAAAAAUAACGAUAUUAUAAAAAUCCUUUUUUACGCUAUUACGUGAGCAUGAGUUUGUUUCCCUUUUUCUUCGCCCGUUUUGUGUUUUUACGCGCGUACGAGUGUAUUCCGACAUGCACUUAUAUAUUUUUCUUUUCUUUUCCAGGACGACUGAAAAAGACGAUGAAAAGAACGAUGAAGUUGGGAGAAACGAAAAUCUGCAUUGUACCUUUUUUAACUAUAAUGUACAUCAUGGUCUAUUAUAGUAAGGAAAGACGACCAGACGCUGCUUAACCUAGCAAGCUAUCAGAAGAGUGUUUACCAACGAAAAAUUCGUUGGGUUUAAACUUCUGGCUGGCCACGUCUUAGGGUCAUCACUACCCCACUAGGGGGGAGUGAUCUGUAGCGGUAAAUAAUUCCCCAAAAUCAAAUAGCUCUGUAAGUUUUCGACAUUGGAUGCUGACCACAGUUUUAGUGGACUCAUCUAGCUGAAGGCACUCGGUCAGCAUCCGCACCAGAUCACGUGUGAGAACGCCAUGCUCAACAUCUGCCGCAAUCGCUAGCCAGAUUUGUGCAAACGAUCCUCGAUAUAUUGAUAGCUUAUCAAAUAUAUCUUCGAUCUCCUC